UAUACGUAUUGACUGUUUUAACAGUUGUCUUAUUGGAAGAAUGUAGAAUGAUCUUAAUGUACUGCGCCGACUCCUUAUAGAAAACAAGGAAGAGUGGUUUUCUAUUCGUUUAUUCGUUUUUUAUGUGUUUUUUUUUGUACAUUUUUACAUUAACACAAUUAGAUUUAAGAGGUACAAUUGAUUUUCUUCAUGCUUAUUAUAACGAAUCCAUUCGACUCAGUUGCACGACGUCAUCUAUUUGGGCAGCAGGCGUGUCGGUAUAGCCUCUCCCCGGGCCGGAACUGACUGCGGAACUGCUUCGGACACAAAUUUAAAAUGCCAGAUGUCACGGUGUAUUGGUCAUGUUCGUUGUUUUUUAUUUCAAUUUUGCGUCCAGGGAUCGCGGCAGAAGUGUCCUUGUGGAAUGUCGACAUCAACUCGGUGAGUACAUGCGACCUGACUGUCCUGUGUGUGUGUUAACGUGUUGUAUGUAGCAUGACAGUAUUUCAUUAUCAGCUGCAGCAGGUAGCUAGCUAAGUAACCUCAGCUAGCUUAGCAGGUUUGUUAUAGUAGAACAGUCGAGCCCAGGGAAGUCAAUUCAUCCUGGGGGGGGUUGACAGAUGUAAUCAUCCUGGGGGGGUUGACCGAUGUAAUCAUCCUGGGGGGGGUUGACCGAUGUAAUCAUCCUGGGGGGGUUGACCGAUGUAAUCAUCCUGGGGGGGUUGACCGAUGUAAUCAUCCUGGGGGGGGUUGACCGAUGUAAUCAUCCUGGGGGGGUUGACCGAUGUAAUCAUCCUGGGGGGGUUGACCGAUGUAAUCAUCCUGGGGGGGUUGACAGAUGUAAUCAUCCUGGGGGGGUUGACAGAUAUGAAGGUGUUCGACAAUCAGACACCUGUGUAUGUACUGUAACUAACGUUACCUUGCCUGAUUUUGUUUUCAUGGUUAAUAUUACAUCACAUGAUCUGGGAGGUUAGGCUACUAGCUAGCUACCACAGAUUAUUAGCUAACUACUCCUUGAGCCUAGAAGACUCGGUUGUGUCCUCAAUAACCUGACAAUGCUGUUAUUAAUGUCGACAACAGUGUACCCCAAACUACUACCUUCGUCACCUUACCUUUCUCUAGUGCUCAUCUGCUCCAACUCAUGACCACUCAUCUAAGGUCUGGUAGUGAAUGGAAUACUGCAUGUAGCUAGUUAACUCCAUACUAAUGGGGGCGGGAGGCUAUUUCUUAAGUUAAGAUAAUACUGUUAGCAAGAACAAGGCUAAUGCUUGAUACCAUUCCAACUAGCUAGUUGUCUGUAUUGUAUUGAACACCCAUGAAAAGUAUUUCCAUAAAACCUUACUGUCACAUGAUUUAGUAAAGAGGUAGUCCAAGGUUGCUUGCUGCAAUGAUAACUUGAUCUAUUCGUUUCCUCAGUCACAAAAUGCCGUCUUCAGGAAGACGUUGUAUGCCAACACAACCAUCUUCAUGAGGUGUAAGUAUAAAGCCUUGGAAGACGACAAAGAUAAUUUGCUGACGGACCAAAAAAGAUUGAUUGACAGCUGUAGUUAAACAGGGUUUUCAUGUUGCUCCUGUCGUGCUACUUGCUCGUGGCUUCGUCUGAAAUGGCACCCUGUUCCUUAUCCGCUCCCCGGUCAAAAGUAGUGCACUGUACUGUAUAGGGAUAUAGUGCCAUUUUGGACACACCCUGACUCCAUGGCUGUGUUUCUCCCAGGAUCCUUCAUUUCACUGCAAAGACACCUACCUGCCUUACACUUCAUAUAAGUGGGGCGGCAGGUAGCUUUAGUGGUUAAUAAGAGCGUUGUGCCAGUAACCGAAAGGUCGCUGGUUCUAAUCCUCCGAGCAGACUAGGUGAAAAAUCUGUCGAUGUGCCCUUGAGCAAGGCACUUAACCCUAAUUGCUCCUGUAAGUCGCUCUGGAUAAGAGUGUCUGCUAAAUGACAACAAACAUUAAAAAAAAAUAUAUAUAUAUAACCUUAUAAGAAUGUAGUAUUGUGUUGUAUUCCACCUCUUUUCCUUUCUGCCAGUGACUCUCCUUUCCUCCUUCUCCUCCUCCAGUCCAGGGCGACUUGGCUUUAUGUGAUCCCACCCUGGCCUUCAACAUCAGCUGGUACCUCCGUUCCUCUAUCUGCUACAAUGAAGUCUUUAAUACUCCAGUGAGUACAAUCCCUUUUCUUCUCUGCUGCCCAUUUCUAACAGGCUAACACGGGCAGACGCAUCGUAACCCUGCACACGAAGCACACAGAGCAACAGUACUGCAACUGUGCCCGUCCGUCACAUCAAUGUUUGUAGUGGCCAGUACCAUGAAAUAGUGUGUUGCCUGGAAUGAUUAAGACGCCAUCAUUUCUCCCAAUAGAACAGACACGCCUCUGUCUUGUCCUUUUUUGUUGUUGUUGUUGUUUUUGUGCCCAGUCACAGUGAGUUGUGUCUGUUUCUACUCCCUGCAGGACAACAAGGCCCUGAGUAUGUUUGGUCUGGACAACAUGCUGAAGGAGGACUGGAGAGGCUCCUACAGCCAGGGAUACAUGUAUUUCGAAAACUGCUCUGUCCUCCUCCUACCCAAGGUGGGUUGGCUAUUCUGUUGUGGGGUUGUGGGGGGGGGGGUUUGGGACAUACACUGCCUUUAACAUUCUUGGUUGAUGUAUUAUUAUCUCUGUCCCCAUCCAAUCCUCCUUCCAGGUGUACUACACUGACUUCAGCCCCCAUCAACCCCUCACCAGCCCACAGGUAUUUAUACAGAGCAUUGGGGAAAGUAUUCAGACCCCUUGACACUUUUUCCACGUUUUGUUACGUUACAGCCUUAUUCUAAAAUGGAUUAAAUUCCCCCCCCCCCCUCAAAUCUACACACAAUACCCCAUAAUGACAAAGCAAAAACUGGUUUAAUAACAAAGCAAAAAAAUGUAUGUAAAUGUAAAAUAUCACAUUUGGCAAAAAAUUUAUGUAAAUGUGAUAUCACAUUUACAUAAGUAUUCAGACCAUUCACUCAGUACUUUGUUGAAGCACCUUUGGCAGCGAUUACAGUCUCCAGUCUUCUUGGGUACGACGCUACAAGCUUGGCACACCUGUAUUUGGGGAGUUUCUCCCAUUCUUCUCUGCAGAUCCUCUCAAGCUCUGUCAGGUUGGAUGGGGAGCGUCGCUGCACAGCUAUUUUCAGGUCUCUCCAGAGAUGUUUGAUCGGGUUCAAGUCCGGGCUCUGGCUGGGCCACUCAAGGACAUUCAGAGACUUGUCCCGAAGCCACUCCUGCGUUGUCUUGGCUGUGUGCUUAGGGUCAUUGUCCUGUUGGAAGGUGAACCUUCGCCCCAGUCUGAGGUCCUGAGUGCUCUGGAGCAGGUUUUUAUCAAGGAUCUCUCUGUGCUUUGCUCCGUUCAUCUUUGCCUCGAUCCUGACUAGUCUUCAAGUCCCUGCCACUGAAAAACAGCCCCACAGCAUGAUGCUGCCACCACCAUGCUUCACUGUAGGGAUGGUGCCAGGUUUCCUCCAGACGUGACGCUUGGCAUUCAGGCCAAAGAGUUCAAACUUGGUUUCAACAGACCAGAGAAUCUUGUUUCUCAUGGUCAGAGAGUCCUUUAGGUGCCUUUUGGCAAACACCAAGCGGGCUGUCAUGUGCCUUUUACUGAGGAGUGGCUUCCGUCUGGCCAUUCUACCAUAAAGGCCUGAUUGGUGGAGUGCUACAGAGAUGGUUGUCCUUCUGGAAGGUUCUCCCAUCUCCACAGAGGAACUCUGGAGCUCUGUCAGAGUGACCAUCAGGUUCUUGGUCACCUCCCUGACCAAGUCCCUUCUCCCUUGAUUGAUCAGCUCUAGGAAGAGUCUUGGUGGGUCCAAACUUCUGCCAUUGCAGAAUGAUGGAGGCCACUGUGUUCUUUGGGACCUUCAAUGUUGCAGACAUUUUUUGGUACCCUUCCCCAGAUCUGUGCCUCGACACAAUCCUGUCUCGGAGCUCUACAGACAAUGGCUUGGUUUUUGCUCUGACAUGCACUGUCAACUGUGGGACCUUAUAUAGACAGGUGUGUGCCUUUCCAAAUCAUGUCCAAUCAAUUGAAUUUACCACAGGUGGACUCCAAUCAAGUUGUAGAAACAUCUCAAGGAUGAUCAAUGGAAACAGGAUGCACCUGAUCUCAAUUUCGAGUCUCAUAGCAAAGGGUCUGAAUACUUAUGUAAAUAAGUUAUUUCUUUAAUUUUUAUUUUACUUCUACCGUGGGCAAAUAUGUAGAUAAUGCUUUGUUCAAAUGAAGAGGUGCGGUCAAAAAAUGAAAUGGAACGGCCCAUCAGUCACUAACCGUCACUGUUGUUGUUUUAGAGCGAGGAAGGCAGGCCUUCCAAUCAGAGCGCUCCACAGGGGUGGCUGGAAAAGCCGGUAAGCCAAACAGAACUCUAUAUAUAUAGUGUGGAGAUUUGUGUAAACAAGGUGUACAUAGUCAUGUCUGUGUCUAAAAUGUGUUCUGCAUUGAAAGUGUGCUUCCCAAAAGGCAGCCAAUGGGCCCUGGUCAAAAGUAGUGCACUAAAUACAGUGGUGGAAAGUACUUAAGUAAAAAUAAUAAUAUAAUAAUAAUAAUAUGCCAUUUAGCAGACGCUUUUAUCCAAAGCGACUUACAGUCAUGCGUGCAUACAUUUUUACGUAUGGGUGGUCCCGGGGAUCGAACCCACUACCUUGGCGUUACAAGCGCCGUGCUCUACCAGCUGAGCUAGAGAGUACUUUAAAAUACUUUAAAGUACCACUUAAGUCGUUUUUUUUGGGUAUCUGUACUUUACUUUACUAUUUAUAUUUUUGAAUACUUUUACUUCACUACAUUCCUAAAGAAAAUAAUGUACUUUUACUACAUACAUUUUCCCUGACACCCAUAAGUACUCGUUACAUUUUGAAUUAUUAGCAGGAAAGGAAAAUGGUCCAAUUCACGCAUUUACCAAGAGAACAUCCCUGGUCCUCCCUGCUGCCUCUGAUCUGGUGGAUUCACUAAACACAAAUUAUUUGUUUGUAAGUGACGUCUGAGUGUUGGAGCGUGCCCCUGGCUAUCCGUAAAUUUAAAAAACAAGACAAUUGUGCCAUCUGCUUUGCUUAAUAUAAGGAAUUUGAAAGUUUUUAUUUAUUUUGAUACUUAAGUAUAUUUUAGCAAUUACAUUUCCUUUUGAUACUUAAGUAUAUUUUAAACCAAAUACUUUUACUCAAGUGGUAUUUUUACUGGGUGACUCUCACUUUUACUUGAGUCAUUUUUCUGUAAAGGUAUCUUUACUUUUACUCAAGUAUGAUAAUUGGGUACUUUUUCCACCACUGACUAAAUAGGGAACAGUGACCUCUGGAGGGUAACUGUGGGAUUACACUAAUUACACUCCAUUCAUAAUUCUAAUAAAUAGGGAACAGCGUGUCAUUUGGGACACAUCCAGUCUUGUCAUGUGUCCCCUGCAGGAUGUAGGUGCCGUGGCCAAGGCGUGGUCCGAUAGCCCCUACCUGUUUAUAGUGAAGGUACAGCCGCAGCAGCGCCCUGGAGCAGAGGAGGAGGAGGAAGCUAAUGAUGUCCAGGGAAACUUGGCCUUAAUCAGUCAGUAUCACCAUCGCUAACUCACUUCUAUGAACAUACAGUGGCUUGCGAAAGUAUUCACCCCCCCUUUGGCAUUUUUCCUAUUUUGUUGCCUUACAACCUGGAAUUAAAUAGAUUUUUGGGGGGUUUGUAUCAUUUGAUUUACACAACAUGCCUACCACUUUGAAGAUGCUAAAUAUUUUUUAUGGUGAAACAAACAAGAAGUAAGACAAAAAAAACAGAACUUGAGCGUGCAUAACUAUUCACCCCCCCAAAGUCAAUACUUUGUAGAGACACCUUUUGCAGCAAUUACAGCUGCAAGUCUCUUGGGGUAUGUCUCUAUAAGCUUGGCACAUCUAGUCACUGGGAUUUUUGCCCAUUCUUCAAGGCAAAACUGCUCCAGCUCCUUCAAGUUGGAUGGGUUCCACUGGUGUACAGCAAUCUUUAAGUCAUACCACAGAUUCUCAAUUGGAUUGAGGUCUGGACUUUGACUAGGCCAUUCCAAAACAUUUAAAUGUUUCCCCUUAAACCACUCAAGUGUUGCUUUAGCAGUAUGCUUAGGGUCAUUGUCCUGCUGGAAGGUGAACCUCCGUCCCAGUCUCAAAUCUCUGGAAGACUGAAACAGGUUUCCCUCAAGAAUUUCCUUGUAUUUAGCGCCAUCCAUCAUUCCUUCAAUUCUGACCAGUUUCCCAGUCCCUGCCGAUGGAAAAACAUCCCCACAGCAUGAUGCUGCCACCACCAUGCUUCACUGUGGGGAUGUUGCUCUCGGGGUGAUGAGAGGUUUUGGGUUUGCGCCAGACAUAGUGUUUUCCUUGAUGGCCACAAAGCUCAAUUUUAGUCACAUCUGACCAGAGUACCUUCUUCCAUAUGUUUGGGGAGUCCCCCACAUGCCUUUUGGCGAACACCAAACAUGUUUGCUUAUUUUUUUCUUUAAGCAAUGGCUUUUUUCUGGCCACUCUUCCGUAAAGCCCAGCUCUGUGGAGUGUACGGCUUAAAGUGGUCCUAUGGACAGAUAAUCCAAUCUCCCCUGUGGAGCUUUGCAGCUCCUUCAGGGUUAUCUUUGGUCUCUUUGUUGCCUCUCUGAUUAAUACCAUCCUCGCCUGGUCCGUGAGUUUUGUUGGGUGGGCCCUCUCUUGGCAAGUUUGUUGUGGUGCCAUAUUCUUUCAAUUUUUUUAUAAUGGAUUUAAUGGUGCUCCGUGGGAUGUUCAAAGUGUCUGAUAUUUUUUUUACAACCCAACCCUGAUCUGUACCCUGACCUGUUUGGAGAGCUCCUUGGUCUUCAUGGUGCCGCUUGCUUGGUGGUGCCCCUUGCUUAGUGGUGUUGCAGACUCUGGGGCCUUUCAGAACAGGUCUAAAUAUACACUGAGAUCAUGUGACACUUAAAUUGCACACAGGUGGACUUUAUUUAACUAAUUAUGUGACUUCUGAAGGUAAUUGGUUGCACCAGAUCUUAUUUAGGGGCUUCAUAGCAAAGGGGGUGAAUACAUAUGCACGCACCACUUUUCCGUUAUUUAUUUUUUAGAAUUUAUUUGAAACAAGUUAUUUUUUUAAUUUCACUUCACCAAUUUGGACUAUUUUGUGUAUGUCCAUUACAUGAAAUCCAAAUAAAAAUCCAUUUAAAUUACAGGUUGUAAUGUAACAAAAUAGGAAAAACGCCAAGGGGGAUGAAUACUUUUGCAAGGCACUGUAGGCCUUUGACUUAGUGCUUCAUCAUUGAAGUGCCCUUCUGUCUGCAGUGCUAUGAGAAAUAUACAUUGUCUGAUUGCCUGUCUGUCUGAUUGCCUGUCUGUCUGCCUGUCUGCCUGCCUGUCUGCCUGCCUGUCUGUCUGCCUGUCUGCCUGCCUGUCUGUCUGUCUGUCUGUCUGCCUGCCUGCCUGUCUGCCUGUCUGUCUGUCUGUCUGUCUGUCUGUCUGUCUGUCUGAUUGCCUGUCUGUCUGUCUGAUUGCCUGUCUGUCUGCCUGCCUGCCUGUCUGUCUGCCUGUCUGCCUGCCUGCCUGUCUGCCUGCCUCUCUGUCUGUCUGUCUGUCUGUCUGUCUGUCUGUCUGCCUGCCUGCCUGCCUGUCUGUCUGUCUGAUUGCCUGUCUGCCUGUCUGUCUGUCUGUCUGAUUGCCUGUCUGUCUGAUUGCCUGCCUGUCUGUCUGUCUGUCUGUCUGUCUGAUUGCCUGUCUGUCUGAUUGCCUGUCUGUCUGUCUGUCUGUCUGUCUGUGUACUUACAGUGACCGUGGAGAUGAAGGGGCCUCGUGAAUACUCCUCCCCUGCAGACUGGCCUCUUAUGAUGGUAUGUUUCAAGUUUUAUUCGUCACAUGCACAAGUACAGUGAAAUGCUUAACUUGCAAGCCCUUCCCAAUAGUGUUGUAUUCAAUAUCAAAAUAGUGUAACUGAAAAAAAUACAUAAAUAAGAGAGACAAAAAACAACAGAAGAAUGUAUGCUGUAUACAGGGUCAGGGUCAGGGCCAGGGCCAGGGUCAGGACUAAGGUCAGGGCUAGGGUCAGGGCCAGGGCCUAGGGUCAGGGCUAGGGUCAGGGCUAGGGUCAGGGCCAGGGCCUAGGGUCAGGGCUAGGGUCAGGGUCAGGGCCUAGGGUCAGGGCUAGGGUCAGGGCUAGGGUCAGGGUCAGGGCCUAGGGUCAGGGCUAGGGUCAGGGCCUAGGGUCAGGCUAGGGUCAGGGCUAGGGUCAGGGCUAGGGUCAGGGUCAGGGCUAGGGUCAGGUAGGGCUAGGGUCGAGCUAGGUCAGGGCUAGGGUCAGGGUAGGCAGGGUCGGGAGGGCAGGGUAGGCAGGGCUAGGGUCAGGGCCAGGGCCUAGGGUCAGGGCUAGGGUCAGGGCUAGGGUCAGGGCUAGGGUCAGGGUCAGGGCUCAGGUGGUCAGGCAGUCGGCUAGGGUCAGGGCUAGGGUCAGUAGGGUCAGGGCAGGGCUAGGGUCAGGGCAGGUCAGGGCAGGGCUAGGGUCAGGGCUAGGGCAGGGUCAGAGCUAGGGUCAGGGCUAGGGUCAGGGCUAGGGUCAGGGUCAGGGCCAGGGCUAGGGUCAGGGCCAGGGUCAGGGCUAGGGUCAGGGUCAGGGUCAGGGCCAGGGCUAGGGUCAGGGCCAGGGUCAGGGCUAGGGUCAGGGCUAGGGUCAGGAACUAGGGUCAGGGUCAGGGUCAGGGCUAGGGUCAGGGCUAGGGUCAGGGUCAGGGCCAGGGCUAGGGUCAGGGCUAGGGUCCAGGUAGGUCAGGGCUAGGGUCAGGGCAGGGCUAGGGUCAGGGCUAGGGUCAGGGCAGCAGGGUCAGGAACUAGGGUCAGGGGUCAGGGGCUAUCAGGGUCAGGGCAGGGUCAGGGGUCAGGGCUAGGGUCAGGGUCAGGGCUAGGGUCAGGGUCAGGGCAGGUAGGGUCAGUGGUCAGGGUCAGGGCUAGGGUCAGGGCAGGGUCAGGGCAGGUCAGGGUCUGGGUCAGGGCUAGGGUCAGGGCUAGGGUCAGGGCUAGGGUCAGGGCAGGGCAGGGUCAGGGCUAGGGUCAGGGCAGGUCAGGGUCAGGGCUAGGGUCAGGGUCAGGGUCAGGGUCAGGGCCAGGGCUAGGGUCAGAGGGUCAGGGCUAGGGUCAGGGUCAGGGCUAGGGUCAGGGUCAGGGCUAGGGUCAGGGUCAGGGCUAGGGUCAGGGCUAGGGUCAGGGCCAGGGUCAGGGCUAGGGUCAGGGUCAGGGUCAGGGUCAGGGCCAGGGCUAGGGUCAGGGGGUCAGGGCCAGGGUCAGGGUCAGGGCUAGGGUCAGGGCUAGGGUCAGGGCAGGCAGGUGCCAGGGUCAGGGCUAGGGUCAGGGCUAGGGUCAGGGUCAGGGCCAGGGUCAGAGCUAGGGUCAGGGUCAGGGCUAGUGUCAGAACUAGGGUCAGGGUCAGGGUCAGGGCCAGGGCUAGGGCUAGGGUCAGGGUCAGGGUCAGGGCUAGGGUCAGGGCCAGGGUCAGGGCCAGGGUCAGGGUCAGGGCCAGGGUCAGAGCUAGGGUCAGGGUCAGGGCUAGUGUCAGAACUAGGGUCAGGGUCAGGGCCAGGGUCAGGGCCAGGGUCAGGGUCAGGGUCAGAGCUAGGGUCAGGGUCAGGGCCAGGGUCAGGGCUAGGGUCAGGGUCAGGUCGGGCUAGGGUCAGGGUCAGGGCUAGGGUCAGGGUCAGGGUCAGGGCCAGGGUCAGGGCAGGGUCAGGGCCAGGGCCAGGGUCAGGGCUAGGGUCAGGGUCAGGGCUAGGGUCAGGGUCAGGGCUAGGGUCAGGGCCAGGGUCAGAGCUAGGGUCAGGGCUAGGGUCAGGGCCAGGGUCAGAGCUAGGGUCAGGGCUAGGGUCAGGGCUAGGGUCAGGGUCAGGGCUAGGGUCAGGGUCAGGGUCAGGGCUAGGGUCAGUUCUACAUGGUGAUGUAUAUGUUUUGAUAAAGAAAUGUGUGAGGUGAGAGAUGACUAAAAUGUUACUCCCUCAGUUAAACUAAUAAUGUCUGACUAAUUAGUAGACUAGAGCUUAGAGAGUUAAUCAAAUGUGUUUAUAUCCCAGCAACAGAGUAUAGACUGGUUCCCAAAACACACAGGGAGGGGGAGUGGAAGGCUGGCAGGAUAUUGUGAGGAGGCGAUAACUCAGGAAUGCAGCCUAUGAUAAGAACAUGUGUGUGUAUGUAUGUGUGUGUGUGUGUGUGUGACCUGAUGGUCAGCAGAGCAGUUUUCCAGUGGAAAACUACAGCCCGCCUAAAGAGGAAUAAAUAUGCUGACCAUUGCAGGAUUGAGUCUUUGUUUAAUUAAUUUAAACUAAGAGAUGUACAACCUUUUGGGAAUUAUUCAGAGAUUUAAGAAGUUAGUUGACUUCAACCAUUUGAGAUAACAAAAUUCUCGUGACAAUGUUCUUCUACAGUUCUACAUGGUGAUGUGUAUAGUGUAUGUGUUCUUCGGGGCGCUCUGGCUUUUCUGGUCGGCCUGUUACUGGAAGGAUCUGUUGAGGAUCCAGUUCUGGAUCGGAGGAGUCAUCAUCCUGGGCAUGCUGGAGAAAGCAGUCUUCUAUUCUGAGUACCAGAGCAUCGGCUACAGAGGAGACUAUGGUGGGUUAAAUUCCCGCUCUUAUUUUUGAAUGCACUGUCAGUUCUUUUCUUUUUAUUUUGGGUCAGUCGGAUCGGUUGACUGAUUUUGAUUUAAAGGAUAUCUGCAUCAUGGGUCAUUCUCUUUUAUUUAGAACGUAGUGAUUGUUAUAAAUCGGUAAAUUACAUCCAACUAACGUUUGAACAUUUUCUCCCUCCACAGUCCAAGGUGCCGUGAUCUUUGCUGAGCUGCUGUCUGCUCUGAAGAGAUCUCUGGCUAGGGUCCUGGUGCUCAUUGUCAGUUUGGGCUACGGCAUCGUCAAGUGAGUUCAGCCACACUGUAGGCGCGUCCCAAAUAGCGCCCUAUUUCCUGUUAUAGUGCACUAUAGGGCCCAUAGAGCUCCAGUCAAAAGUAGCGCACUAUAUAGGGAAUAGGGUGCCAUUUGGGACGUAAACAAUAUUAAUACUGUACUAACUAUGAUUUACACUAGUCUAUGGGUUUAGAAAUGAACUGGUAUUGUCACUUAGACAGCUGCCAUUGUCCGUCACCUACUGACUGGAUGGUAUCUUCCCUACCAAUAUUUAUCCAGGCAGGAUUCUCCUACACUACUCUCACCCUACAAUCUUAUACAAGGAGUUGUGACACACACACACACACACACACACAGCAUAGGUUUUACUAUCCUUGUGGGGACUUUUGGGGAUUUACGGUACCCACGAGGAUACUAAUACAAGCCCACACACACCAACGCCCUGGUUUUAUGGCCUGUCUUUGACCACAUAUCAGAGCCCGUAUUCACAAAGCAUCUCUGGGUCAGAGUGCUGAUCUGGGAUCAGACCCCUUCCUUUUUAAUAUCAUCUUUUUUUCAGUAUGAUCUAAAAGGGGAAGCUGACCCUAGAUCUGUACUCCUGAGACUGUUUUGUGAGUACAGGCCCUGAUCCCCCUGUUUUCCUGCGAUGUCUCUCACAGACCCAGGCUGGGCACCACAGUCCACCGGCUGGCAGCAGUGGGUCUACUCUACCUGCUCUUCUCCUCUGUGGAGGGAGUGCUGCGCGUCACAGGAGUGAGUAGCUACAGUUUGGAUAAUUACUACACUUAGCAUCUAGUGCAAGUUCCUAUAUCACUUCAUGAGACACCUUGUGGAUGCAUCUCUCUCUCUGUCUCUCUCUGUCUCUCUCUCUCUCUCUGUUCUCUCUUCUCUCUGUCUCCUCUCUCUGUCUCUCUCUCGCUCUCUCUAUCUCUCUCUUCUCUCUCUCUCUCUCUCUUCUCUGGCUCUUCGCUCUCUUCUUAUCUUUCUCUCUCUUCUAUCCUCUCUCCGCUCCGCUCUCGCUCUCGCUCUCGGAUCGUCUCUCUGUCUCUCUGCUCUCUGUUCUCUCUGUCUCUCUGUCUCUCUGUCUCUCUGUCUCUCUCUCUGUCUGUUCUUCUCUCUCUCUCUCUCUCUCUCUUCUCUCUCUCUAUCUCUCUCUCUCUCUCUCUCUCCUCUCUCCCUCUCUAUCUCUAUCUCUCUCUCGCUCUAUCUUGUUUCAGGGUUUCUAUGGGGACUGUAGCCCUGGUGGCUAACCUGAGUCUCUCUCUCAUUGACUCCUGUGUCAUGUGGUGGAUCUUCAUAAGCCUGUCCCAGACCACCCGUCUUCUGAAGCUGCGUAGGAACGUAGUGAAGCUGUCUCUAUAUCAGCAUUUCACCAACACGCUCAUCUUCUCUGUCCUGGGUGAGUUGGAGGAAUAUUUACGGAUGGUGUUAAUGUGCUCUUUAUAUGUCACAAUGCUAUGAAAGAAACAACUUUUCAAUGUUAUAUCAUUUUGUUUGUUGUACUCAGGUCUUACUUGGAAAAAAAGAGAUUCUGUAAUCUCAAUAUUGACUUAUUGAAUAAACAAAGGAUAAAUUUAAUAAAAGAAUUAAUCUCUACGCUUUUUGUUCCCGUAGCUUCUAUAAUCUUCAUCAUCUGGACGACCAAAGUGUUUAAGCUGGUGGACUGCCAGACGGUGAGUUGGUAGAUUUUACACUGAACAAAAAUACAAACGCAACAUGUAAAGUGUUGGUCCCAUGUUUCAUGAGCUGAAAUAAAAGAUCCCAGAAAUGUUCCAUACGCACAAAAAGCUUAUUUCUCUCAUUUUGUGCACAAAUUUGUUUACAUCCCUGUUAGUGAACAUUUCUCCUUUGCCAAGAUAAUCCAUCCACCUGACAGGUGUGGCAUAUCAAGAAGCUGAUUAAACAGCAUGAUCAUUACACAGGUGCACCUUGUGCUGGGGACAAUAAAAAGCCACUCUAAAAUGUGCAGUUUUAUCACACAACACAAUGCCACAGAUGUCUCAAGUUUUGAGGGAGUGUGUAAUUGGCAUGCUGACUGCAGGAAUGACCACCAGAGCUGCUGCCAGAAAAUGUAAUGUUCAUUUCUCUACCAUAAGCCGUCUCCAACAUCAUUUUAGAGAAUUUGGCAGUACGUCCAACCGGCCUGUGUAUGGCGCCGUGUGGGUGAGAGGUUUGCUGAUGUCAACGUUGUGAACAGAGUGCCCCAUGGUGGCGGUGGGGUUAUGGUAUGGGCAGGCAUAAGCUACGGACAACGAACACAAUUGCAUUUUAUCGAUGGCAAUUUGAAUGCACAGAGGUACCGCGACGUGGUCCUGAGGCCCAUUGUUGUGCCAUUCAUCUGCCGCCAUCACCUCAUAUGCCGCCAUCACCUCAUGUUUCAGCAUGAUAAUGCACGGCCCCAUGUUGCAAGGAUCUGUACACAAUUCCUGGAAGCUGGAAAUGUCACAGUUCUUCCAUGGCCUGCAUACUCACCAGACGUCACCCAGGAGCAUGUUUGGGAUGCUCUGGAUCGACGUGUACGACAGCGUGUUCCAGUUCCCGCCAAUAUCCAGCUACUUCGCACAGCCAUUGAAGAGGAGUGGGACAACAUUCCACAGGCCACAAUCAACAGCCUGAUCAACUCUAUGCGAAGGAUAUGUGUCGCGCUGCAUGAGGCAAAUGGUGGUUUUCUGAUCAACGCCCCUACUUUUUUUAUUAAAGGUAUCUGUGACCAACAGAUGCAUAUCUGUAUUCCGAGUCAUGUGAAAUCCAUAGAUGAACUCUAUUUCUUGAACUGCAUUGUUGGUUAAGGGCUUGUAAGUAAGCAUUUCACGGUAAGGUCUACACCUGUUGUAUUCGGCACAUGUGACAAAUACAAUUUGAUUUGAAUGAAUUUAUUUCAAUUGACCGAUUUCCUUAUGAACUGCAUAUCUUUUGAAAUUGUUGCAUGUUGCGUUUUUAUAUUUUUGUUCAGUGUAUACCUACUGUCUACAUAUUCUAAACAAAUGAUAAUUGAUUAUGAUGGACUGUCUCUGCUGUUGUCUUUUUGUGUUUUACUACACUGUGUAAUCCAGGCUCUGUCGUAGCCGGCCGCGACCGGGAGACCCCAUGGGGCGGCGCACAAUUGGCCCAGCGUCGUCCAGGGUAGGGGAGGGGAUGGCCGGCAGGGGAUGUAGCUCAGUUGGUAGAGCAUGGCGUUUGCAACGCCAGGGUUGUGGGUUUGAUUCCCACGGCGGGCCAGUAUAAAAAAAUUAAAUAAAUUAUGCACUCACUAACUGUAAGUCGCUCCGGAUAAGAGCGUCUGCUAAAUGACUGAAAUGUUAAAUGUAAUGUGUCUCUGUUCAUUGUCUGUAUGUUAAUGUUAACUGUCUCUGCCUGUGUGUGUCUCAGGGCUGGAGGGACUUGUGGGUAGACGAUGCGUUCUGGCGUCUCCUCUUCUCCACCAUCCUCCUGGUCAUCAUGGUGUUGCUGCGACCCUCCGCCAACAGCCAGAGGUCAGAGGUCAACAUUUUUAUAACAGACUAUGUACCUGUCUGGCGUUUUCAUAGAGGUCAGAGGUCAUAGUAUUAACACUAAUAAUAUAUACAGUAGUGACAGUGUUGUGUUCUCGCAGGUUCUCCCAUUCCCCUCUGAUCGAUGAAGACGAUGAGGAGGAUGAAGCAAAGGAACCCAUGCUGAAUGAAGCCUUUGGUGAAAGACUUUAACCAGUUUAACAUUAGGAUUUCCGGCCGCAUUGCCACAAGAUUGAUAUAAUAUAUGAUAAUAGGGAUCUCUAGCAGGGUUGGGGUCAAUUCCAGUCUAGCAGGGUUGGGGUCAAUUCCUGUCUAGCAGGGUUGGGGUCAAUUCCUGUCUAGCAGGGUUGGGGUCAAUUCCUGUCUAGCAGGGUUGGGGUCAAUUCCAGUCUAGCAGGGUUGGGGUCAAUUCCAGUCUAGCAGGGUUGGGGUCAAUUCCUGUCUAGCAGGGUUGGGGUCAAUUCCUGUCUAGCAGGGUUGGGGUCAAUUCCUGUCUAGCAGGGUUGGGGUCAAUUCCUGUCUAGCAGGGUUGGGGUCAAUUCCUGUCUAGCAGGGUUGGGGUCAAUUCCUGUCUAGCAGGGUUGGGGUCAAUUCCAGUCUAGCAGGGUUGGGGUCAAUUCCAGUCUAGCAGGGUUGGGGUCAAUUCCAGUCUAGCAGGGUUGGGGUCAAUUCCUGUCUAGCAGGGUUGGGGUCAAUUCCAGUCUAGCAGGGUUGGGGUCAAUUCCAGUCUAGCAGGGUUGGGGUCAAUUCCAGUCUAGCAGGGUUGGGGUCAAUUCCUGUCUAGCAGGGUUGGGGUCAAUUCCAGUCUAGCAGGGUUGGGGUCAAUUCCUGUCUAGCAGGGUUGGGGUCAAUUCCUGUCUAGCAGAGUUGGAGUCAAUCCAUUUCAAUUCAGAAAGUAAACUAAAUUCCAAUUCCACAUUUUCCUAAUGGAAAAGCAUUGACGAGAAUUGGAAUUGGAAUUUCAGUGUACUUCCUGAAUUGACCCCAACCCUGGUCUCUACAAUGCCUUUAGAAAGUAUUUAUACCCCUUGACUUACUCCACAUUUUGUUGUGUUACAGCCUGAAUUGAAAAUGAUGAGUGAUGUAUGAAUCCUUUGUAAAGGCGCUGUAUCUAACUCCCCAUUCUGUUGCAGAGGGGGUGAAAAUGAGAGGCACCAAGGCUGAGACUAACGGAUCCCAGUCACAGAAACUACUGAGUAAAGAGGUCAGUCCAUUCAAUUCAAAACUACUGAGUAAAGGGGUCAGUCCAUUCAAUUCAAUACUACUGAGUAAAGGGGUCAGUCCAUUCAAUUCAAUACUACUGAGUAAAGGGGUCAGUCCAUUCAAUUCAAUACUACUGAGUAAAGGGGUCAGUCCAUUCAAUUCAAAACUACUGAGUAAAGGGGUCAGUCCAUUCAAUUCAAUACUACUGAGUAAAGGGGUCAGUCCAUUCAAUUCAAUACUACUGAGUAAAGGGGUCAGUCCAUUCAAUUCAAUACUACUGAGUAAAGGGGUCAGUCCAUUCAAUUCAAAACUACUGAGUAAAGGGGUCAGUCCAUUCAAUUCAAUACUACUGAGUAAAGGGGUCAGUCCAUUCAAUUCAAAACUACUGAGUAAAGGGGUCAGUCCAUUCAAUUCAAAACUACUGAGUAAAGGGGUCAGUCCAUUCAAUUCAAUACUACUGAGUAAAGGGGUCAGUCCAUUCAAUUCAAAACUACUGAGUAAAGGGGUCAGUCCAUUCAAUUCAAAACUACUGAGUAAAGGGGUCAGUCCAUUCAAUUAAAAACUACUGAGUAAAGGGGUCAGUCCAUUCAAUUCAAUACUACUGAGUAAAGGGGUCAGUCCAUUCAAUUCAAAACUACUGAGUAAAGGGGUCAGUCCAUUCAAUUCAAUACUACUGAGUAAAGAGCUGAAUCCAUUCAAUUCAAUAAAAAUAAAAACAUGAUUUAUCCCAGAGGGGUAAUUACUUUGGGCAUGUCUGCAGCAACAGUGUCUUGUAUAAGAUUGGAAGGAUGACUAAUUUAGUCAUCCUUGUGUCUCCUGAGUGGCACAGUGGUCUAAAGCACUUGCUAACUGUGCCACUAGAGAUCCUGGUUCGAAUCCAGGCUCUGUCGCAGCCGGCCGUGACCGGGAGACUCAUGGGCGGCGCACAAUUGGCCCAGCGUCGUCCAGGGUAGGGGAGGGAAUGGCCGGCAGGGAUGUAGCUCAUUUGAUAGAGCAUGGCGUUUGCAACGCCAGGGUUGUGGGUUCAAUUCCCACGGGGGGCCAGUAUAAAAAAAUAAUAAUAUGUAUUCACUAACUGUAAGUCGCUCUGGAUAAGAGCGUCUGCUAAACGACUAAAAUGUAAAUGUAAAUGUAGUCAUCUUUUCACAGUCCAAUCUGAUUGAAGACACUGUUUACAUAUAGACAAAUAAAUAAAUAAAUGAAUGUAUCCUUUCUCUUGUUCUCAGGAUGAGGACCUGAAGUGGGUCGAGGAGAACAUUCCCACAACUGUUGCUGACGUGUGAGUAGGAACGAAAGGAACAUUUGAGGUGCAUUGGCCCAAGUCAAGCACUGCCACAUUCAUUCUAGAACUGGUCACCUUUCUGCUCUCAAUUCAAGAAAUGCUUCAUUGGCAUGAAUGGUGGUAGUAAUUAUUUGCAAAAGCAAUGUAUAUGAAGUAUAAUUUCUUUUUUGAAUUUAUUUGAGCUACAAUAUUAAUAAUUAUAUAUAAAAAACAAAAAUCAUACAUGAACAAAUGAUAUACACCUCUCUAUGAGCUUCCUUAUCUGGUCUCUCUCGUCUCUGCUCGAGAAGCGAGAGAGAGAGGAGAGAAGAGAGGAGAGAGCGAGGAGCGGAGGCUAGGAGAGUUAGAGCGGAGAGAGCUCGAGAGGAGAUGUGUCUCCUCUCUCUCUCUCUCUCUCUCUCUCUCUUCUCUUCUCUCUCUCUCUCUCUCUCUCUCUCUCUCUCUCUCUCUCUCUCUCUCUCUCUCUCUCUCUCUCUCUCUCUCUCUGCAGAGCUCUCCCAGUAAUGCUUGACGAGGAGGAGGUAAAUAAGAAACUUCUCUUCCUGCAGCCUCAUAAUGACUGGCAGUCACAUUUAUGUCUAUUAAAAAAGCUCACAGUAAAACGGGAUAUUUUGUCUUACCAUCAUUCAACAGAGACUCAUAGGACACGUUUCUCUCGCUCUCACUUUUUGUCCCCAGGAAAUUCUGAAAACCAAGAUGGAGAGAUCCAAAAUGGAAUGACCGAGUGGGGUGGGGGGGUUUCACUGAGGCAGCCAUUGAUGGAGUUAAAUGAAAUGACACAUCAGAUCCAAUAUUUAUGUACAACACUUUUUUUUUUUUUUUAUGUU